UGUUCCUCGUCGUUUUCUGACACGAAGACACGGGAGAAGAUGCUCCGUCUAUUCAGAAACGCUGAGUACGCCGCUACGCCGAAGGCCUUCGCUACGUACCGGGCUGACCUGGAGAGGACCGUCAAGGGCAAGAAGUGCGACGAGUACAUGCGGGACCUUCUCGAGGAGAAAACGAAGUGGGCCUUCUCUUGCCGGCCGACAGCGCUCACGCUGGGUAUGGUUGCCACGCAGCGCACCGAGGGCAUGUUCGGGGUGGCGAAAAAGUCCGGGAUACACAAGAACCUGUCUCUGUGCGCUCUGUGGGACCGCCUCCAACAUGUGUACCAGACAAUGGACAUUGAGCACGGCAGGGUUGCAAGCCCAGCCGUGAAAUUGGAAUUGGCGUUUCCGACGAAGCACUUGGAGGAGGCUAAAGACGAGCUCGGAGGAUCCCAGUCGUGCGACGUAGAAGUCGUCUGCGUAAGAGCAGCAGACGCCGAAGGCCACCCCGUGCCUCUGGAGGGUGGUGUCCUGCGUCAACAGCUUGAGGCCGCACACUUCGACUUCAACGUUUGCGAAGAAGCGCCGCCCGACACUGACCUGGAAAUCGACUGCAAGCUUGGCCCUGAGGCUGAAUCGACCGGAGACAACACCGUUUGGGCGCGUGCGUCUUUGGAGGCGCUGUUGGACCUCGUCAGCCGAGUUCUCGUCCAUCUUGCGGCCGCCGUGCGGUAUAAGCUCACGCCUUCACGGCCGAGCCAUGUUGUGGUAUUCGGCCCGGGUGGGUUCUACUUGUGCUCUUGUCUGAAGCUUCUGCGCCACGGGCUACCAUGCAGGCUCUACUUUUCCGUGCUAGCUCGCUUCAUCGGCGGUAAGUACGGGGGAGUCCUGCUUAACCACGAGUUCGACGGCAACAGCGUGCACACGCGCUGGCGGCAAUCACCAGACGGCAGCGACGCGCCCUGGACCGCCUCCAGAGUGUUGGAAGGGGCAGGGCACGGCGACGGCUGGGAUGGAUGUGAUCACGGCCAAGACGACAACUUCUGGGGGCCGACGGACGACGACGACGGCGGGGAGGGCGGCGUGCACCCCGCAGAAAGUGCGGCAAAAGCAGCCGCAGAACGAUCGGCGAGUGACCAUCGCCACGUGUUCGCGACUCUGAUGGCCAAGAACAAGGAAAACGUCACCGAAACAAGGAGGACGGCGCCACACGCCAAAGCCUUGGAGAUACAGGCUGAACUGGACAAGUGGGUGAGGUUUCAGCUUGCCGAUGCUACCGGCGAGAACAAGAGCGGGAAUCCAGCGCAGGUAAAAGCGAAAGGGAGGCCCAACAAAUCCAAGUCGGAGGGAUCAAAGCAGGACCGACACGAUGACAACGGUGCGCCUGCCGACAGCGGGUCUGUUCAACCAGUCGGUAACCCGGAAGGGCGGACGGACAAGAGCCGGAGGGAAUAGAGGAUCAAAGACGUCUCUGGCGCUGGGUCUGGAGCAAACACCCGUCGGCUUACCAAAGAGAAAAUGUCGUAGCGUACAACACGUAGUCCCUAGUAAAAUAUCAACGGCCGGGACAAAUAGAUAGUUCGAAUCGUGUGCCGCCCUUGUCAUCUCGUUCCCGGCGUUGCCAGUCCAUAUCACCUCUUGCGUGCUAACUCUGCACAGCUACUAGCGGACGUUGCAGGCUAAGCCUGAUGUUUGGAAUUGCACACGACAAAGUACGCGCUAUGCGUGCUAUCUGGCCUUAUCUGUCUGCGCGUUUUUCCGUUUAACUUUCUGUCUGUUGUUAUUUUUUUUUCGCUGGGCCGUGAUUAUGUUGGGGCGUUCUUGUUUGCCUACGUUAUGCAGGCGCAGCUAACCGAGUGUCGGACCUGGUCGUUAGCGUUGAAUGCAAUGUUAGUCUUGCACGCAAUGUCUGUCAACAUCCUCUCCAA